AUGACCUGUGAGGUCGUGGAUGUUCCUGCGAGGAAUAUUCUGGGGCGGGAUCAUGUACUUACUUCCAAGUAUUCAAGAGAAGCCCUUGUUGCUCGAGUUGGGGUUGUUGUCUUGGAUUACAUACUACCACUCGGUGGCUCUGGUCUCUUUCGAGGUUAUCAAUCGAAGAAAGACGAAGAAAACAGUGACCGACCGGAGAGUUCUCUAUUUAAACCAGAGCCCGAAGCCCCUCUCUCUUCCGUACGUCCAACCCAGAUCGUAAAGAAAGUCGCAGGUGGCUUUUCUGAUGGGAAAGAGUUCGAUAUUAAAAAUGUCCUAGAGAAAACGGGAUGGGAUGUAAAAAAUUUGGAAGUUCACAAUCAAGUCCCCGGGUAA